UGCUGCAAAAUCAUCGUUUUCUCUCGCUCACACUUUCUAUUUUUCGCGAUUUUCUCGCAUUUUCCGGGCGCUUUUUCUGUCCGGGUGAGGUUUUUGGGGCGUAGGGGGGCGCUCCGCGUCGUUUGGCAUCAAAAAAAUCAAAAAUUCAAAUUUAUUUAAUUUCAAAAACUUCCCCAUACGUUACGAUGCAAGCUGAUUUAGUCGACGAUUCAGUGUUUUCCGCGAUUUUCUCGCAUUUUCCGGGCGAAUUUUCCGUCCGGGUGCGGGUUUUGGGGUGUAGGGGGGCGCUCCGCGUCAUUUGGCAUCAAAAAAGGGGAAAAUUCAAUUUUAUUUAAUUUCAAAAAGUCCCCAGAGUGUAAAAAGCCAAAAAACGGUAGUCUACUUUCAGGGGCAGCAGUGCAUCCCGCUCCCACUCUCACUCCAUCUCGCUCGCACAUCGUCUGUUUAGUCAGUACAUGUCGCAUGUUUAAAUGGGUGUUUGCUAGUUACAAUACAAGCUGAUUCAGCAGACGAACCAAAAAAAAAUGUUUGUUCCCGGAAAAAAAGAAAAUUCAAUUUAAUUUAAUUAAAAAGAAUAAAAAAAAGGAAGAAAAAUGUCUUCACCUGCCCCCAAAUCACCUGAGGUAUCGGAUAAGAGCAAGAAAUAUGAUCGGCAAAUCAGACUAUGGGGCGAGCACGGGCAGCAGGCUCUGGAAUCUGCCCAGGUGUGCCUGAUAAAUGCCACAUGCUUAGGAACGGAAAUUCUCAAAGGAAUCGUCCUUCCGGGCAUCGGGGGCUUCACAAUUGUUGACGCGAAGGUGACAACGGACGAGGAUGUUGGAUGCAAUUUCUUCCUUGAACCCUCAUCUGUGGGCCAAUCACGCGCUCAGUGCUGUGCCCAUUUACUCCAAGAACUCAAUCCCGAUGUUAAUGGGGACUAUGUGGAUGAGAACAUUGAUUCCUUGCUGGUUAAUAAUACGGAAUUCUUCAAAAACUUUGACCUUGUCAUUGGAACUGCCCUCAGUGAGAAGUCUACUGUGAUGCUGUCCACAAAGCUGUGGGAUUUGAAUAUUCCCUUCAUUGUGUGUCGCUCUGUGGGCUUCAUUGCAAGCGCCCGGCUGCAGAUUAGGGAGCAUUGUAUUGUCGAAGCGCAUCCCGACAGUAAGCAAACGGAUUUGCGACUGGAGGAACCCUUUGUAGCCCUCCGGGAGCACGUGGACAGCGUGGAAUUGUCCCCAAAGGUCCCAUGGCUAGUUGUGCUCUACAAAUUCUUGCAGGAAUGGUCAAAGGAUAAGCCACACGCCGUCCCAAAGGUUUACAAGGAGAAAUCCGAAUUGCGCGAUCUCAUCCGGGGGGCCAUGAAGAAGGAUGAGGAGAACUACGAGGAAGCCAUAAAGGCAGUGAAUUCCAGCUUUGGCGGUGGAAGACCCUCAGAUACCCUCCGGAAGCUCCUAGAUGAUCCGGAAUGUUUGAAUUUGAAGAAAGACUCCAAACCCUUUUGGAUCCUCGUGCGUGCUCUGAGGGAUUUUGUGGCGAAUGAAGGGUGUGGCUGGCUUCCUGUUCCGGGAAUUCUGCCCGAUAUGACAGCUGAAACAGCCUUCUACAUUGCCCUGCAGAAUGUCUACCGCAAUCAAGCGCUGGCCGAUGCUGAUGCAAUCUACCGUCGUGUCCAGCAUCUCAUCAAGGAAAUUGGACUUCCGUGUGAUGUCAUUGCGGAAAAGGAUGUCCGGCUGUUUUGUCGAGAAGCUGCCAACAUCAGCGUCAUCCGGGGCUCACGUAUUGCCGAUGAAUACGACAAAGCCUACCGAUGUGCUGCCUUUGGGGACUGCCUCGAAGUCCCGGGAACUCUCGUUGAACAUUACGUGGCACUGAGGGCCAUGGAGCGCUUCCACACUGAACACGGAUGCCUUCCCGUUGAAGUGGAAACGGACACAGCGCGCCUCAAGUAUUUAUCCGGAAAACUCUUUGCUGAACUCAACAUUGGCUCAAGUCUCAGCGAUGAACUUGCCCAUGAACUGUGUCGCUUUGGGGGCGCCGAAGUGCAUUCGGUGUCCUCCUUUAUGGGUGGAUGUGUUGCACAGGAGGUCAUCAAGAUCAUCACGCGGCAAUUUAAGCCCAUCAACAAUACAUUCAUCUACAAUGCAAUUAAAUGCGAAACAGCGACUUAUGAGUUGUAAAAUUAUAUUGAAAUCAUUGAAGAAUUUAAACAUUUUUUAGGCUUUCAA